CACUCUUGCUCACUAAAGAGUAAGUCAGACAAGCGCCACAAACACUAGGCAUCCUAUGGCUCUUCGCCCGUUUCAACGUUCGUGUGCAUCUAGACUUUGAAAAUGCUCUGUAAUACGCUUUACAUGGCAAAGGUAGACGGUUAGUCCGGACUCAGAGGCUGCAUAGGCGUGCCUCGUAUCAGCCCCAGCCUCGCCGUGAUCGAUAGGGCUAAUAAAAGAAACAAUUCUCCAUGUCGCCGGGUACUUAAUCGGUCGCAUAGACACGAUUCCACAGUUCCUUCGGUAUUUCAAGUACAGCUUAUGAAGACACCGAUGGAUCCGAAGUCGACUCAAAAUGCUUCUGCCGUGGAAUCUACCGCCCGGUUGCUUUCCUUGGAGCCUUGUUCUAGGCAAAGCAAAUUGCAAAAGCGGAAUGUGGAAUGCACUACUUCUGGACUCAUGGUUUCCUAAAACGUUAGGGAUAAUUUUCGGUCUUGCAUGUUUUACCGCUAUCAUUGUUAUAGUGUGUCACUAUGGCAGUAAGCCAUCACCGGAUCUCGCCCUUGGUAUCACACUGAACGCGAUCAUUUCAAUGCUCGCAACAGCAUCGAAGUAUUGGUUAAUAAAAAGGGGGUAUUAUUUCAGACGGAGAAACGUCCGCUGCAGGAAUUGCAAACCAUCGAUGAUGCUAGCCGCGGGCCAUGGGGAUCUAUCACCAUUGUGGCGCAGUCUACCAAGUGCUCUGUUUUGUGGCUUGGGGCAGUCGUCGCAGUGCUUGCGCUAGGCUUCGACCCCUUUGUGCAACAGGUCAUACAAUACUGGACUCGAAAUUACAAACUUUAGAAAGGCACCGCGAUU